GAGUUUCGUCAUGGUUGAACUUCGACUAUUUAUAUCGCUCAUCUGAGGCCGUUCCGAUUCAUUCUGUGGCUGUUCAGCGUCGAGACAGCGUCUGCGUCUUGUCUGUCUCCUGCAGAAGGCCGGGCGGGGUCGUUUAUACAGAAGAGAAGACUGGGUUCGUUUCUGUCUCACCUUCUCCAGAGUCCUUGGAAAAGCUCUUCAAGAUGUCGCCGAGUAAAUACUGGUCGUGCUUUGUAGGGGUCUUCCUCACGUUGUCCACAGGUCUCCUGCAAGUCGAGAGCAAAGGAUUUCACGGAAUUGAAGGCAACUUCUGUCGUAACAGGCAACCUUCCGAAUGCUGCGAUGACCGCAUGGACUCUUGCGAGGUGCCCAUCCAGGGCACCUACUGCUACUGCGACGAGUUCUGCAUGGUUAGCGAAGACCGUAUGGACGACGACUGCUGCCCGGACUUCUAUGAGGUCUGUUUGGGCCGAAAGAGGAACCACACGCUGCCUGUUGUAGGACCUACAAGUCUAUUCUUGAAUGACCCUCCUGAGGGCAGACCAAAAGCUGCCUGCAACGGAGAAGGUGCUGUUGUACCACAUGGGGAAUCUCUGCUGGUCAACUGCAAUGAAUGCUACUGCAACGACGGGUUGUUAGAGUGUCAGCAAGACCUGUGUAUGACGGACGAAUUCAUCGUGUCAGCAAUCAACGAGGCUCCAAGGGAGUACGGCUGGACUGCGGCCAUGCAUUCCCUGUUCUGGGGCAGAAAGGCCCAGGACGGCCUCAGGCUUAGGACGGGAACAUUCAGCCCUCAAGACAAGUCGCACGAAAUGCACCCGAUUCGACUCGACCCGGACGUUUCCAAGAUCCCAGUGAGCUUUGACGCCAGGAAGAAGGUCGAGUGGGCAGGACGCGUAGCAGACGUCUGCGAUCAAGGAUGGUGUGGAUCCUCAUGGGCGUUCUCCACCCUCGGAGUAGCCCAGGACAGGUUAUCGAUUGUGGCCAAAGGUCUCAAUCGAAUGGAACUGUCUGCUCAGAAUCUCCUCAGCUGUGCAGAACUAGGCCAGAGGGGCUGUGAGGGAGGUCACAUAGACAGGGCUUGGAAUUAUCUGAGAGCACAUGGCAUUGUAAGAGAAGAAUGUUACAAAUACGAGAGCGGAAACUCCGGGAAAGUGCCCAAAUGUCUCAUCAAGAGGAAUGACCUUUCCCAGCUUACUUGUCAGGCCAAAGAUCGAUACAGGUUCGAGCCCGCUUACCGAAUUGCUGGCAAAGAGGAGGACAUCCAGUGGGAGAUCAUGCACAAUGGACCUGUUCAAGCCUUGAUGACCGUUCACACCGACCUCUUCAUGUACAACAGCGGUAUCUACAGCUAUUCCGGUCUGACUGCCGAUCGUUUGAAGGGAGGAGAUACGGCAACUCAUUCUGUCAGGAUCAUCGGCUGGGGGAGCUCCCGAAUGAUGGGUUCGAAUCCCAUCAAGUACUGGCUCGUGGCCAACUCCUGGGGAUCCCAGUGGGGCGAAGGAGGCUACUUCAGGAUCAAACGAGGGACGAACGAGUGUGGAAUCGAAUCCUUCAUCAUCACCUCCCGCGCCAAACUUGCGAACCUCAUGUACGGCCGUAAAACGGACUAUUAGUACUAUAGGUCAUUAUUUGUUUUAGAGGCUACCAUCAGUUCAAAGAGGCGUAACAAGUUUGAAAGGCCAUCAUUAGCUUCAUCAACAUAAUUGUUCCAUGUAUUUUUUAUCUCCAUUUCAUGUUUUCAAGAUAAUUCCCGUAGAAUUCUUUUCAUUUAUAAAAUAUCAAAAAAGCACUUAUUUACAUUUAGUCUCAGGGAGGUAGUCCACCACAAGCUUAUUAUUAUUAUUAUUAUUAUUAUUAUUAUUAUUAUUAUUAUUAUUAUUAUUAUUAUUAUUAUUAUUAUUAUUAUUAUUAUUAUUAUUAUCGAAUUUCACAAAUAGUUUCGAAAUAUCGUGUCUCUCCUCUCAGAUAUGAAGAGAAUACAUGCCUCGGAAACGAUUUUGUGACUUAUGCUUAAUUAUUCUAAGUAACAUUAUUACUGCAUACGUACCUCUAUUGCUUAACUUGUAAGGACAAGGUCCUUCACUAUUUUUAUUUCACUACAAUGACUUGCUAAGUUCCAUUUCAUAUCAUCUUAUGUAGAAUUCCCUGGCCUUUCCGCCAAUAUAUCAAUCAUGUAUUUACGUAGAUUACAUUUGUAAAUAAUCACAUAUUAGUGUUGGUAAAGAAACCAAAUUCUCUAUCUGCGGGCCCGGAUCUCUGUAGACCCAACUCGGAUACUACAUAUCCGUCUGCACCUGUCUAUGUCAACCCCGUUCACCUGUAAUAAAGCAUUACAAGCUGCUCUAGGAGCAAGAGCCCGUGCUGCCUAAAGGUCCGCUAAAUCUAAAACAACAUAAUAAAUCAUCAAUGCCCAGAUACCUGUCUCUCUGUCUAGUCCUCACAAACUCACUUAUUUUGAGCGCAAACGAGGUCACAGUAAAUGCAAUAAUUUAUAUAUAAAAAUAAGCUAUUAUUUUCCUCACCAAGGUUUUCGUUGAAUAUUUGAUUGUAAAAAAACAUUUUAGAUUACGUUUAUGGUACAUUUCAAGCAAAAACCAGUUUAAGGACUUUUUUUAAACUGAAAAAUUGGUCGACAUCCUAUUACUCACUGGAUUGUUUCUUGACUUAAAUAUGCAUUUUGUAGUUCUAGUCUGUUCAAUAGAGACGUGAGAUUAACCCGUGAAACCUCUGUGUAUGUAUUUAUUGGCCUAAUUUUCAGUUUUAUAAAGAUUUACACAAUACUGGUAUUUAUUUGGGAGACUAUGUGAUUUAUCGUGGAUUAUGAUAAAUAAUUCUAAUAGUUCAUUUUCUAUGAAUGAGAAGAAAACGGUAAAAUAUUUAUGGAUGACAAAAGUAAUAGUUCCAGCCUUUUGUGAAAGCCAAUGUCAAUGUAACUUGGUCCUCACGGUGAUAUUUAGCAUUUAGAAUAAAUAUUUGCUAAUGAAACACUCCAUCUGACCUAUACAGCUGUUAUCAAACGAAUUCGUUGUAAAUUAACGAAGGUGUAGCAAUGGAUGUUAAUCAAGCAAAGGAAAAUCUACACUUAAUCAGAAAAUGCGGUAAACAACAAAUGCAACCAUCAAAUCUUUAAUUGCCAUUGUACAGUUCAGGUUUACCUUUGCAAAAUAUGGUAUGUCUACCAUUCAUGAAUGGUUGGAAGAAAAAAAUUAUAAAGAGUUUACUGAAAAGUGUAAACGUCCACCAACCUCAUUUUCGCACGAGACUCUCUGCUGAUCAGUAAUUCAGUUAACACAAAUCUAUCGUGAUGUAGUGACCAAGUGGCAGCAAUUCAACUGAAAAUGGCUCAGAAAUCAGACGAAGAAAGAUAAAAAAGCUUGUGGCUGACUUACCGUUGUUCUUUGGAAUCAAUCCAAGAUUAUAGUGGACUGUAUUUUCACCCAAGGCCCACAAGACUGAGUCACUGGAAUUGAAACUAGUCCUGUCACGAAAAGGCAAGUUCUGUAGUGUAUUUGCAUGUUUUAUGGUUAUUUAGAUUACGAUUUAUAUUAAACUGGAAAGUAGACCCUACGGACUUGUCUUACAAAAUAAGAUACAGAAAACAAGUUAUCCCAAAUCACUAUCAAAGGUGCAUCUUUUACUGCAGAAAGUGUUUUAGCCAAUAGUAAAACUCUUAAGAAGUUGUGAGGAAUUCCUCUCACAACGAUUUUAUUUUCUAAUGUUUUGUGUAUUCACUAGUUUCCAUGCUAUUUGUCUUUUAUUAUAGUUAUUAGUGUCUGUCUCAUAAGAAAUUAUUGAUUGAUUUUCUUUCCGUAUUGCCGUCUGUCAGGUAAUCGACAGACAGGAACUAUGUUACUGUAUUUGUAUUCAUGUGAAAACCAAAUGGAUUCUCAUGCCCAUAUAUUUUGUAAAGAUAUGUACGUCUACAUUGCAUGACAUAAUAAGGGUGUAAGAACCACAUCUAUUCGAGUAUGACACUUUUAACAUUGUUUUAUCUGAUUUUGCUAUGUUCUACUACGCAGUAUCUGUGGUGCGCUUAGCACCGAGAAAAUGGUUUUACACAAAGACGAGGUCUUUUGACAUAACGUCGGUAGACGUUUUAGUAACGAAGUAUAAUUACUGUUUUAGUUAUGAUAAUUCAUUUGUCCUUAUAUAUAUGAAAUUGCACUUGGUGAAUGUAUUGCACAUAUUUCGUAUGGUAGAGUUGAAGGUGUUAUUGGGUCUUUUUUGUGCCUCCCGCCAGAGAAGCCAUUAGGAGAGGUCGAGAUCGGAGGGGAAAAGAAGGGUAGUAGUUCGCCCCUCUGGUCGCUCCUUUGCGUGCCCCUCUGUGGGUGUGUAUGCGUAUGUGCGUACUGCGUAGUACACUGUAUAGGCGUGUUAUCGCCCAAAAUUGUAUUGACACACACCACCAGUUAAUUCACUACAUUUAAUAAAUAUGUUGAAGUUGCACACUAUUAUAUUUGGAAUUUAUUUUUGACAACGAACUUGAUAAUUAUUGUAAAGUUUUUUAUGUUCAUGAAAACCUUGUAAGUCAGUUCUGCAUUCGUGGUAAUUGUAUAACUUGUCUCUUUUCCCCAACAAAACCCGAAUGCAGGACGGAACGAACAGCUUCUUAGCUCAACUUUUGAGGUGACCUGUUAUCUAGUGUUGUGUAGUGAUGUGUGUGGAUUUAGAAAGGGCGAUUGCCCUGAUUCUUUGAAUUUUGUCGUAAUUUGUUUCAUUUGAGUGCUAUUGAUUUACAAUUCCCCUUUAGUGAUUAAUUUCAUUUGUCACUUAUAUGUUAUUACUCUUUGGUAUGUUUAACUUUUAGUUAUUAAAUUAAUUUUAAGUUUACAUUUAUCAAA